AGAAAUGAAGAAGGAAAGAAUAAAAAAAGAAAUAAACAAGAAAGAAAUAAAAGAAAAAAUGCGAGAGAAACCGAUGGAGAAUAUCUCUCAGAACUGCUAUCGAGAUGGGGUGGGAUAGUGGAGCAUCUAGUUCUGUGGAGAAACAACGACACCCUAUCCCACAGGAUUAAAAUUCUUCGAUGGAUUGUGCUGGUACUGGAGCCAAGUAUGAGUGCUUGCUCUUCGAUAUGGAUGAUACCUUGUAUCCCUUAAGUUUCGGCCUCAACUUAGCCUGUCGGAAGAACAUACAAGAUUACAUGCUACACCAUCUCCAAAUUGAAGAAAGCCAAGUCCCUAAGAUGUGCAUGGAAUUGUACAAGGAAUAUGGAACAACAAUGGCCGGUCUAAAGGCACUGGGAUUCAAAUUUGACAAUGACGAAUUCCAUUCAUAUGUUCAUGGCCGGUUGCCAUACGAGAUAUUGAGACCUGAUCCCAUGUUGAAGAAUCUGCUUCUUUCAAUACCCCAACGAAAAAUAAUCUUUACAAAUGCUGACGAAGCGCAUGUCGAGAAAGUUCUUAGUAAGCUGGGUCUAGAAGACUGUUUUGAAGGUGUAAUAUGCUUCGAAACUCUCAAUCCACCUCUUAAACCUACCGACCAUCAUGAUGAGAAGGAUAUUACUGUGCCUUCAACUGUUAUUCAGUCUAUGGGUCAAAAUGGUGAUGGAUGUUUCAGUGAAACCAAUUCAGAGACUGAUACAAUUUAUUGUGCCGAUCCAAGUAAUGCGAAUUCCAAUAUGCCAAUUCUCUGCAAACCCUCUAUGGAAGCCAUCAAAGCUGCAAUCAAGCUUGCAGAUAUAAAUCCCAGGAAAACAAUCUUUUUCGAUGACAGCACCAGAAACAUCGCAGCAGGAAAGGCAGCAGGCCUUCACACUGUCAUUGUUGGGAGCUCGGUGCUAGUUCCAGGAGCCGAUCACGCACUCAGGAGCAUCCACAACAUUAAAGAAGCAUUGCCUGAGAUAUGGGAGGGUGGAGAUGAUUCCAAAUCAGUUCUUGCAUCCACAACAGUCGAGACUAUAGUUCUUGCUUGAGCGUACUCUAUAUGUUGCCUUUUCCCCAAUAUUGAUUGCAUGUAACGUUGGAGAUUUGUAAGUUGUAUCUAGCAUACAUGAAAGAAAAUUUAAGUGAAUGGCAAGUUGGAUCGAGAAUGCCAACUGGUGAGGAUGCA